AUGCCUGAACCAGCGAAGUCCGCGCCCAAGAAGGGCUCCAAGAAAGCCGUGACCAAGACCGCCGGCAAAGGAGGCAAAAAGAAGAAGAGGACCAGGAAGGAGAGCUACGCCAUCUACGUGUACAAAGUUCUGAAGCAGGUCCACCCGGACACCGGCAUCUCCUCCAAGGCCAUGAGCAUCAUGAACUCGUUCGUCAACGACAUUUUCGAGCGCAUCGCUGGAGAGGCUUCCCGCCUGGCUCACUACAACAAGCGCUCCACCAUCAGCUCCAGGGAGAUCCAGACGGCUGUCCGCCUGCUGCUCCCCGGCGAGCUGGCCAAGCACGCUGUGUCUGAGGGCACCAAGGCCGUUACCAAGUACACCAGUUCCAAGUAGAUAAUUGAUUACGAAACCUCAACGGCUCUUUUAAGAGCCACCCACUUCUUCUAAUGCGCUUACCACAAAUAAAAUCAC